CUGACCAGAAAUGAAGUUUGCUGUGAUAUGGAUGUUUGUGUCAGUCUAACACUUGUAGAAAACACAGGAGCAGCAGUCAAGGAGGUGCAACUGUGAGCAUGUCAGGAUCUGGACAAUUGGAAUGGUCUCUUCCAGCUGCAACACAGAGAUCUCUCCAGAAUAUGGCUCCAGAACAAGUAGUGUGUCUUUUCCUUUCUGGACAAGCACAAGUAAAUCUUUAUUUUUAACACUUCCUGUCUUCGUGUUCAACCACAAUCUUCCCUAUUCUCUCUCUCAUCUGUCCUUUGAGAGUAUCUGUGAAAAUGGACGACACAGAGCCCUUGGAGCCCAAUCUGAACUCCUCCUAUGUUCCGACUGCUCUGGGCAACCACCGUGUGUCUGAGGAUGAGGAGAGCGAGGACCAGAGUUCCUCUGUAUCACUCCUGCCCAAUCAUUCCUCAGUGCCCCUGGCCAUGCGCUACAGUCCAGAUGACUCGUACUGCUUGGUGUAUAUCAUCUUCUUUCUGAUGGGCAUCGGCUCCCUGCUGCCCUGGAACUUCUUCAUAACAGCCAAACACUACUGGCUCUACAAACUGAGCAACAACACUCAACAAGGUGGCAAUGAGGAGCAACCUUCAAACCUCGGGGAAUACUUUGAAAGCUAUCUGGCCAUUGCCUCCACGGUUCCCUCUGUGCUGUGUCUGAUACUCAACUAUGUCCUAGUUAACAGGUUAUCUUCAAACGUGCGGAUCCUUUCCUCUCUUUUCGUCAUCCUGCUGGUGUUUGUGGUGACCACGGUGCUGGUGAAGGUGGAUGUGUCGGACUGCAGGACGGAUUUCUUUAUCGGCACGCUGGCCAGUGUGGCCGUGGUCAGUGGAGCGUCCAACCUCUUCUCUGGCAGCGUGUUCGGGAUGAGUGGGUAUUUCCCCAUGAGGAUUUCUCAGGCUCUCAUAUCAGGCCAGGGCAUGGGAGGCACGCUGAGUGCAGUAGCAUCGAUAGUGGACCUGGCAGUGGCGAAGGAUGUGACAGACAGCGCUCUGGUCUAUUUCCUGACAGCCGACGUCUUCAUCCUGCUCUGCAUCAUCGCAUAUCUGCUGCUGCCAAAGCUGGCAUAUUCAAGAUACUACAUGCAGGCAGCAGCGCGCACCAGUUCAGGGGUGAUGAGCGAGGGGGGAGCAGCAGGCACAGGGAGCAGAGUCUCCGUCCCACCACUGCAGCCCAUCCUCAGGAAGACGUGGGUGCUCGGCGUGAGCGUCUUCUACGUCUUCUGCGUCUCAAUCAUGGUGUUCCCCGCAGUGUCUUCGGGAAUCCAGUCCGUCAACAAAGACAGCAGCAGCCCCUGGGCGACCACUUAUUUUGUGCCCCUCACCAGCUUCCUCCUGUACAAUGUAGCGGACUUCUGUGGCAGGCAGGCCACAGCCUGGCUGCAGGUCCCUGGUCCCACCAGUCGAGUCCUGCCUGUGCUGGUGCUGUGUCGCUCUGUCAUGGUGCCACUUCUGAUGUUCUGCAACUACCAGCCAAGGGACCACCUCCACACUGUGCUUUUCACCAACGACAUGUACCCCGUGGUCUUUAACUGCCUGCUGGGCCUCACCAAUGGCUACCUCGGCACUCUGCCAAUGAUCUACGGCCCUAAGGUCGUACCCCGGGAGCUGGCAGAGGCCACAGGAGUGGUCAUGUCCUUCUUUCUCACUCUGGGACUGGCUGUGGGAUCGGCUUUCUCAGUGCUUAUUGUGCACUACAUCUGACCAGGCUGUUGAGCAAUAACCUAGUCAUUUCCUGUGGUGUAGUUGAGCUAUACGGCAGACAGUCGCUGGACAGUGGAGUCAAAGCACUGAUGCUAAAUGCACCAGUAAAGCCAAUUGUCUGCCAUGAAGGGAAAGGACCGAUAAGCCUCAUUAAUAUGCAUUGUUUACACUGAUGUGGCCCUUAGGAGCACAGUCCAUAAGGGACAUUAAGCAACCACAUUUUCAUAUUGCAAAACUGAACCAAAAAAAUAUUUGGUUCAAAGGGGUUCAAUUUGUGGGACAUCAGUUGUGCAGAAGGUGCCGUUUCAGGUCCACUGUAAUAAAAUAUGCAGAUGGCAAAGAAGCAUCAGAGCCGAGUGAGGGAUACAGCCGCUACAUGAGACAUUCUGCUACGCGAUACAAGCCGGUUGUUGUUGAACAUGGUGUGUCGUUUGUAAACCUUGUAACUUGAGCAGACUUUAUAAACUGAACAUUUCCAGUAACAA